UUUCGUCACUUCGUUUGCGUACGCCGUGGAAACAACACGCACUUUCAAACUCAUACCCAGCACACUGCGAGAUACAAUCCCAAUUGAACCGAUCCUAAGUUCAGCUACAUUUGCAUUUGCAUCUCAAAUCGAAUCGAAUCGAUCGCCAUGGAGUUCAACAAUCGUCUGCUGCUGAAAAUCAUUGAGCUGGCCAUCGCCAUUGCCUGCAUUGUGAUGUACGAGGUGGAUGGUGCCCUCUCAUCCCGUCCCCUGAUCGUUUGCGGCACCAUCGGCGGCUUCACGAUCAUCUGCGGCGUUCUGCUGAUCGGUCAUGUGAUCAACUCUCUGGUGGAGAAGCGCCUCAAUGCCUUGAUCUCGCUGAUCGGCUGCAUUCUGUUUGUGGCCUCUGGUGCUCUGGUCAUCGAUGAGUGGCAUGAUGCCGUGCUGCAGAAGGAUAGGAAGCGCAAUGCCAUUGCCGCUGGCUCCCUGAUGAUCAUCAACGGCGCUGUCUUCCUGCUGGACACCCUCUCCAUCUGCCGAACGUAAAGAGUUGCUUCUCUCAUUCUGCCCAACCAACCAACGAACCAACCAACCAAUCACUUAUGCAUCCAUAAACACGCUUCGUCGUCGUUUGUUGUCUAAAAUUCUCAUGGCUUCUGUGUGGAUCGUCGUAAAUGCGCUGAGAAGAGUGAAA